ACGCCUGAAGGCAGAGCCUCAUUUCAAUGAAGUCACUGGUGUCUGUUGCCUGAUCUCUCUGGCCUGGUGAGUGAAAUCUGCUUCUGUCUUGCACAGCUAGCUGAGGAUCUGAUAAGAAAGCACCACGGAGUUGUUGGUUACCACAGAGGCAGCAUGCGGAGGAUGCUUUGGGGGAUGUUUUAAGUUUUUUAAAGGUCAGUUUUCAGAUAAGAAAAAGCUACUUUCUUAUUUUGAAAAUGCUGCCCAGGCUUCUUUCACUUGUAGGUAAGUUUCUUGCUCUGGACUGGAAAUACAGGCGAUAAAAAGAGUUGCUUCACUUGUCUUGAAGUGCGUUUGGACUUCACAAUGAAUAAUCAAACCACACGGGGGACCAUGGUCCCCACCAUUCCGUCCAUUAUGUUCAUUUUCGGGGUGGUUGGAAACCUCAUCGCCAUAGUGGUCCUUUGUAAAUCUCGGAAAGAACAGAAAGAAACUACGUUUUACACGUUGGUGUGUGGGCUGGCGAUCACGGACCUACUUGGCACGCUGCUGGCCAGUCCGGUCACCAUCGCCAUUUAUGUGAAAGGCGAGUGGCCCGGAGAGGACCCGCUGUGCCAGUACUUUGGAUUCACCAUGCUUUUCUUCUCGCUGGCAGGGCUCAGCAUCAUAUGUGCCAUGUCGGUUGAGAGAUACAUUGCUAUAAACCAUGCCUAUUUCUACAACGACUACGUGGACCAAAAACUGGCCGGACUGACUCUAGUAGCGAUCUACAUCUCAAAUGCUUUUUUCUGCGCCCUGCCAAUUAUGGGCUUUGGGCAGGUGAAGAAACAGUAUCCACAAACGUGGUGUUUUUUAGAGUGGAGGAGCAACAAGACCAGCGAUGCCGCCUACUCCUACAUGUAUGCUGGUUUCAGCUCUCUUCUUAUUCUCGCCACUGUCAUCUGUAAUGUGCUGGUGUGUGUGGCUUUGAUCCGGAUGCAUCGACGCUUUGUGCGUAGGAUGUCGCUUGGCACCGAUGUGGGACGCAGCGUGGACCCGCGAAGAAGAGCACGCAGCUUUGGUCGUCUGGCCGGUGCAGAGAUUCAGAUGGUUAUUCUACUCAUAGGCACAUCGGCAGUAGUCCUCAUCUGCUCUAUACCACUUGUUGCUCAGGUGUUUUUAAACCAGCUUUAUAAGACUCCAGUGGAGGUGCGGCUGGACAAAAACCCUGAUCUACGGGCAAUACGUUUUGCCUCUUUUAACCCCAUCCUUGACCCCUGGAUCUACAUCCUGCUCCGCAAGGCUGUUCUCAUCAAGCUCAUUGAGAAAAUCAAGUGCCUGUUCUGUAAAAUGGGAGCAAGGAGGCAACAGAGACAGGGAAACUUCCCCUGUAUUGAUUCCUAUCAGCUCUCCUCUGUGAUAUCUAACAGGGACUCUAACUCCUUGGUGUCUAGUGACCAACGAGAUAGCAACAGCAUCUGUCAAACCUUUUUCUACUAUAAAGAUAAAACUGAGAUGUGCACUGAAAAAUGUCCUAAGGCAAACAAACUCUCUGCUUCACAACCAUCUUCAGCUAGAAAUUCACAAGCUUCUUACUCGUCCCAAGAGGGCAGCGCUGAGGAUCAGACCAGAGACGAGACGAACGCAAUCACAGCUCAUCCAUCAUCUCCCUGCCCUAAAGAUCCAGCACUUCAGGUCACGCUGAACACCGAGACAGUAGAGGAGAAAUGCAUCUGACCCAACCAGAGAAAUACUGUUUUAUUUCUCUACAACAGACCUUUUGAAGAACUCAAAAAUGGAGGUAGCACAUAAAAAUAAUAAGUAACUCUUCUAUCUAGUGGAGCCCAUGCAGUGAGAAAGAGAAAAGUACUGUGAGUGAUAUCGUCCCGUUGUUUGUUUCAGCAUCCAGCUACCUCAGUGAUGACUGACUGUGUGAGCAGAUUUUGACAUUUUUCUUAAAAAAGAUGUUAGACACAUAGCAUUGAUGGAAAAGCUUAUCAUUCUCAAUUUCAUUUACUUGGUUCAAGCAUUGUGGAAACCUUUACUGUAAAGCUCUAUUUACUGUCUCCAAACUGUGCUGACCACAAGCUUGUGGUCAGUGUAGUAAAUGAAAUAGUCCUGAUUGUGCUUCUUGUGAGUAGUCACUAUGAGUAUUCACACAGUUAUUGUUGGGAUUGAUUCAUUUGGAAACUCUAUUGUACAGUGCUUUUUGAAGGGCACAGUCAUGUUAGCUCCAUGACUAAUGUAGAGUAGAGUUUAUAAGGUUGUGAACACAGACAUUUUUGUUCUAUAUCCGGGAAAACACACAAAGAUAUCAUCUCAAAUUAUUAAAAAAACAAAACAAAACACUGUUUUCCAUCUUACAGCGAGGGCACAGAGGCUCUUGUUCCACAGUAGACUGGGAAAUUUCAGCAUAAUUUCCACAGCUACAGAAAAUGUUCUAUAAAUCAGUGGGUAGAUGCUGAUUAAUGAGUUGCAUUAAGCGGUCAGCUUGAGAAGAAUCGAGUUCUAAAUGAGCAAUCUUGUGUAAAAUAUAUAUUUUUUGUGAUAUAUAAUUAUUCUUCUCUAGGAGAAGGUCAAAACGAAUAAUUCCCAGCUCUAGAAGGAUUACUCGUCCAAAAGAAAUAUUUCUGUGCAGUUAUAAAUUGUAUUAGUCAUGCAGUUUGAUCAGUAUUUACACUCACAAAUUGUUGUCUUUCAACAUCACUAUCUGUAAAGUCAGGACUCAAAAUAUCAAAGAACCUAUUGAAAAAUGUUCUGUAUUAGUUAGGACUGAAGCUAAAGGUUAAUUUUAGGAGUAACACUUCUCUUUGAGUGUAAUGUUUAAAGUGUUCAGUUUUCCAGGAAACCAAAGUUUUCCUUGUUGAAGACAUGCUGUUUACAGUGAAACAAAAUCAGGAAAAGUCUGAUGAUGCUCACAUUAAAAAAGAUGGUACCAGCACCUUUGUCCUCCUUGAAAAUGACCAGAUACCACCCAAUUUCAGAUCUAAUAUGAAUUAUCCAAGUAUCACAAGUCUAGAUUUAAAUAUUAUUCUCAAGUUUCAUGUGAAUAUACAGCGUACUCCUCCUCUCUGUUGUGUUCAUAUGGCAAAUUCUCCAUUUUAAUAUUAAAAGUUAAACCUUCUGGUAUUGUAACACUAUACAGACGGAAUUUUUGAACUCCUAUUGGUUUAAUAGGAUAAUUUUUCACUCAAAUUAUCCUUUUGUCUGAGUUUCAAGAACAUCAAAGCACACAUUCUCCCUCUUUUCCUUAUUACAACAUCUUAGACUGUUGCUUUCUUUGUUUCUCUCCUUGCUGUUAAAUUACAAUAGGCUCAUUUGUGUGUAUAAAUGCAGAUAAUGACUGAUGAUUAACAUUGUAAACAUUGUACAGUGAGGGCAAAAGUUAGGGAUUGACAUACAAGUUGAAAACUUAAUUUAUUUUGAGUCAUUAAAUUAUGCACUUUAUGCUCAGUUGUGGUUCAUAUUGUAUUGCAGAGUGAAAUCUGUGUACAUGCAUAUACUGUAUGAGCUUUGAAUUCAUUUGCUGUGGUAAUAUAUCUGUAAAUUUGACUUGAUGUACAAGAAAAAAACUGAGUGGAAAUGACUGAGAACUUCUGUCUGAUAAGAAAUAUAUAUGUCUACAUUUA